UGUUCUCGUAAAUUAAGGAUUUAAAACUCAUUUCGGAAACACUAUUCCAAGCUAAAGUCCGCAGUUUCUCACAGGAUUACUUCUGGCAAUAAAUUGCUAAGCUAAGGAAUUAGGGCAACAAGUUCGGGUGACCAGGUCACUAAACACCACCCAGUUCACUCUGCUGACAAGGGGGAGGAGAGUUAUUAGGCUGUAUAAAAGAGACAUUAACUGUUUACGGGUGGCUGGCAUUAAAUUUUCAAAGUGUGGAUAGUAAAACAGUGUAAAGAUGACGGAUGUAUUGACGAUUAAAAAUUUUAUUAACGGUCGUUUCAUAGACUCCGAAAAAUUCAUAGACAGUUACAAUCCUGCCACGGGAAAGGUAUUCGCGCGUGUUCCAGACAGUGACGAAUCUGAUGUGGCAAAAGCAGUUAGUGCCGCGAAAGCUGCUUUCAAAGAAUGGUCUGCUAAAGAUCCUGCCGAGCGUUCCAAACUGCUUCACCGAGUUGCAGAUAUCCUAGAAUCGAGAAUAUUGGAAUUCUCAAUAGCCGAAUCACAAGAUCAAGGGAAGCCGCUCUUCCAAUCAAAGGCUGUGGAAAUUCCUAGAGCUGUAAUGAAUUUUCGACAUUUUGCCAACAGUAUCUUGUGUGACAAAGACAUGUGUAUUAACCAACCAGCGGAUGGUGUUCUGAAUUACACUGUCCACUGUCCUUGUGGCGUGGCUGGAAUUAUAGUCCCUUGGAAUCUUCCUCUGUACCUAUUGACAUUUAAAUUAGCCCCUGCGUUAGCUCAUGGUAAUACUGUCGUUGCAAAGCCCAGCGAAUUCACAUCAGUCACAGCUUGGAUGUUAUGUUCAGUGUUUAAAGAAGCUGGCUUUGACGAUGGUGUUGUGAAUAUGGUUUUCGGUUACGGUCACAAAGCUGGAGAAGCACUCAUUCGCCAUCCCGAUGUUCCAAUCAUCUCAUUUACAGGCAGUGACAGAACGGGGCUCCACAUUGGUUCUGUAGCUGGUGGAAUGGUCAAGAAAGUAUCUCUGGAGAUGGGAGGAAAGAAUGCUGCUGUUGUAUUUGGUGACGCAGAUCUCGAGAAGUGCAUUCCCGUUUUAAUAAGGGGUAGUUUCUUAAAUCAAGGACAAGUAUGUUUGAGCACCAGCAGAAUAUAUAUAGAGAAGGCAAUAUUUUCCAUAUUUGUUGAGAAAUUCCUUGCUGCAGUGAGGAAAAUUAAGGUAGGUGAUCCCUUAAACGAAGAUGUUCGAAUGGGACCAGUUUGCAGCAAACAGCAUUUUGAAAAGAUACAAAUGUAUCUGAAACUUGCAGAAGAAGAAGGGGCAAAAUUUCUUAUAAAAUCAGAAAAUCUUGAUCUUCCAGAGAAUAAUAAAAAUGGAUAUUUCAUUGGCCCUGCAGUAAUCACAGGUUUGCCAGACAACAGCAGAUGUAUGCAAGAAGAGAUAUUCGGUCCUGUAACUUGCCUUAUGCCAUUUGAAGAUGACAAAGAGAUUAUCAACAGAGUCAACAAUGUUAGCUACGGAUUAUGUGCAACAUUAUGGUCAAAAGAUAUUCAGAAGAUACAUUCAAUCGCACCAAAGCUUGAGGUUGGUACUGUAUGGUGUAAUUGUUGGUUGUUGAGAAAUUUACAUAUGCCUUUCGGAGGUCAAAAAUUAUCUGGCGUAGGCCGUGAAGGCACGGAAGAUUCCAGAGAAUUUUACACAACAAAGAAAACUAUAUGUGUAAAAUACGAAUAAAUUUUAAAGAAUAUUUUAGCCUAAAAAUAUGAAUUGGGCUUCAUUCUUCGCUAUGAUAACAGCAGUAAACUGAAAUGAGAAUUCUGAAAGAAUAUAUGUAAAACAAAUAUACAGUUUAAACACAAAUUAGCCUUUUGUUGCGUUGCUUCUGCAAUGCAAUUACCUCAGAGAGUAGUCUAACAAGAUUUUAUUAUUUUGUAUUGAGAAUUAAUAUCAAUGUUUGCGAUGUGAUACCACGGCUAUAUUAAAGACUGAAAAAAUAUGUUCGAUGUAGUGUCGAAUAAUCGAAUGUAAUCAAAAGUCUUAUUACUACAUUACAAUUCGAAUUCUGGGAUGAUGAUUGCUAAGGAAACGUGAAAUAAAAUGAGCGCAUAGCAUGCCGAAGACGAAUCAUCUUUUCUUCAUUUUCGGAAUAUAUGACAUAAACAAUAUAUUAAUUUAUCUUCAAAUUAUCAGACUUAAAGGGAUGCUCGAGUUUUUCUUUUUUAUGAGAUUGCGUCUGAAAUUUAUUAUUUCCCAAACUAGAAACUGGUGUAUGUGAUAAAACAAUUUGAUGUAUUUUAGCCUAAUAAAUCAAGUCUUCUAAACCUG